ACGUUAUCUAUAGUGCUGAAAGGCCUUGGGUUUGGCUUAGCGGUAGUACACCAGGAAGGUCUAGCUGCAGUUUUUGGAAAUGGAUUAUCAACUGCAUGUGUUGUUAAUAUUGGUGCUCAGGUGACUUCAGUAAUAUGCAUAGAGGAUGGAGGUGCUCUAUCUUUAACUGGGAAGACUUUACCUUUUGGAGGCGAGGAUAUAUCAAGGUGUUUUCUAUGGACCCAGAGACAUCACCAGAAUUGGCCACAAAUUCGCACUGAUAUUUUGACGAAACCUAUAGAUAUGUUAAUGUUAAACAGACUGAAAGAGGCUUAUUGUGAAAUCAAAGAGGGGGAACUUGAUGCUAGUGCAGUGGUUCAUUCAUAUGAGGAUGGAAUACCACCUGGAUCUCACAAGACAAGGCUUACUGCUCUUAAUGUUCCUCCUAUGGGGCUGUUCUAUCCGAUGCUUUUGGUUCCUGAUGUGUAUCCUCCUCCACCUCGUUCUUGGUUUCAUGACUAUGAGGAUAUGUUAGAAGAUCCAUGGCACAUUGAUUUUCCACGAAGACCUGAUAUGUCAGAUACUUUCUAUCCGAAUGUUAAUGUUGGACUACCCAUGUGGGAUAGCUAUCCAGUCUUUUCAACGAAGCCAAAGAAAGAAGAAAAAGUUGGUCUGGCAGAGGCUAUUACAAGCAGUAUUCUUUUAGCUGGUCGAAUAGACCUCCAAAGAAAAUUAUUUUGUAGCAUACAAUUGGCAGGUGGAGGUGCUUUGACAAGUGGUCUGGUUCCUGCAGUGGAGGAAAGAUGGGGGGGAAACCUAGCAGUAAUCUUCCAGAUUCUGGUUGAUAACAUGGGAGCAAAUGCAAGAAGAAGAAGCAGCAGCCUUAUUCCACUAGUGAAUAAAAUCAGAGAAAAGCAAGUUGAUGGACAGUGUUGCAACCUUAUUGUGACAGGGUUUUGCAUGCCAUUCCUCCAAACGAAGCCAUUGAUACCAUGGAGGUUUUACAAUCAAGAACGAAUCCAACAUUUGCAGCAUGGAAAGGCGGGGCGAUUCUUGGAGUACUAGAUUGUGGCAAGGAUGGUUGGAUACGUAGGGAGGAGUGGAUAAACAAUGGGAUUGACCCGGACUAUGUCAGAAAAUACAAGGAUUCUUAUUAUCUUCAAGCUCAAGCUAUGUGUUACAUGAAUUCUUGAAAGCCAGGUUAUCCAUGAAUGAUAAUAGCAGCAAAAAUAAGCCGUAAGCGAAGAGUCAAUGAUGGAAAUCAGCUACUCGAGUACUCGUUACUUCGUUCUUAUGACAUUCUUCCCUUCAUCUGCUUCUCCUUUUACAAUGAGCAUCCUUUAGGUUUUGCCAGAUAUAUAGAGCCAUAACUUGAGGUGUUAAAAAAAUCUCCCUCCCGGUGCGGAAUAGCCGGAAGAAGAUGAGAUUUUCUAAGGACAGACUCUGUGUGUGAUAAAGAUCACUAAUUAUGCAUAAUCAAAAAGACAUCACUAGUUAUGUGUUUUAUAACUUCAAGUUUUAGAGUUUGUUCAUGUCACUAAAAUCUAAUGGCGUGGUCUGGAACUGCAUCUCCUUUCAAGUGCAUUUAUCUCUUCUUCA